AGGGUUGCGAUAGAGAGGGAAAGAGAGAGGGUGGAGAGAGAGACACAGGGAGGUUUUGUGAGUCUGGAUAUAUGCAGUAACUUGGUGGGACUGGGGGGGAAUGACAGUGGUACUGGGAUGACUCCCCACCAACACAGAGAAACUGGAGAGAACAAAACCGACAAUCACAACAACCCUCCAACCCACAACCCACCCAAAAUCCUGCCUGUCUCUGGCAAACUAGAGCAGAACAACUCGGGGCUGGUUCGUCCCUCUGCCUUCAAACCAGUGGUUCCCAAGAGCUUUCAUUCCAUGCAGAACCUCUUUGGCCCAACCAGUGGGGGUGGAUGUGAGGGUAGAGGUGCGGGGGGGCAGAGAGAAGGAGGAGCAGGGGGAGGAGAACUAGUGGCAGUUCCAGAGGCCCUCCUCCUAGACCAGGACAGCCCAGGGAUGGGCAGAUGCCUGGCAGAGGGAGCAGGAGGGGGUAAGAGUAACAGAGGGGUCCAUGGAGGGAUGUCAGCUUCGGGGAGGAACUCUCUAACUAGCCUGCCCACAUAUGCAGGCUCUGGUUUGUGCUAUGGGCCUCAAGAGGCCCUGGGGUCUCUCAGUGCUUCUACCAGCAAUAUCAACAGACUAGGGACCACAGCUGGAGCUGCAGUGGCUCUGGAAAAGCUGGAGCAACCAGGCUACCAGCAGCUGAACCACCUGGGGGACACCCCAGCACCCCAACGUCCCACUCCUUCCUCUGAUGAUGUCAUCCAAGACCUGGAGAACCGGCUCUGGGAGAAGGAGCAAGAGGUGCAACACAUGUGUCGUAACUUGGAGCAGAGCGAGGCCGCCAUCGUCCAGGUGUUUGAGGAGAAGCAGCGUGUGUGUGAGAGACAGAUGGAUGAGCUGGGGCAGAACUACGCCUCCCGUCUGCAGCAGGUGACCACACAUUCCACAGCAGCGGUAACCAAUAACAGUCUACCAAAUGUUGAUACUCUCUUCCUCUGUGUGCAGGUGACCCGUCGCGCCCAGCGCUCCCAGAAUGCCCUGCAGGCCCAGAUCACCCGUCUGUCGCAGGACAAGCGACGUCUGCAGGAGGAGAUGGCUGCCCUGCUGGCCCAAAGAGAGGAUCUGGAGAGGAAGUGUCUGCACUUCAGGAUGGAACAGACUGACAUACUGCCACGCCUGGAUGAGACCAAGUGGGAGGUGUGUCAGAAGGCAGGGGAGAUCUCCCUGCUGAAGCAGCAACUAAGGGAGAGCCAGGUGGAGCUGACCCAGCGGGCGGGGGAGAUGGUGGCCCUCAGGGGCCAGCUGAAGGAGGCCAAUUCCCAGCUUAGGGACCGGGAGGAGGCCAUGCUGGGCCUCAAGAACUCAUAUAGCUCCAAGAGCCUGGAGCUGGAAAGCUGCCAGGGAGAGCUGAGGAGGACGCUGACCGAGGUGUCUAUCCUGAGGGAGAAGCUGGGUGUGUUUGAGGCUGAGGUGCUGGGUCUUCAACAAGCUCUGUGGGAGAUGGGCGGAGGGGUUGAUCCUGCCAUAACCAAAACCCUAGGAGCUGUGGGGCUACUCCCACCCUGGGGGGCACUCUACUGCCCCCGAACUCCCCCAGAGCCCUCGUCCACCCCUCUCACCCCCACCUCAGAUGCCCUGCUCAGCCUCCAGAGUGACGAGGCAAAAGCCCAGAGGCAAGAGGUGCAGAGAAAAGAGAGGCAGCAGCGUGAAAAGGCCCAGUGGCAUGACAUGCAACAGCGCCAGGAGGCCCACCAGCACCUGAAAGCCCAUCUAUAUCAGGAGGCUCAUCUCUACCAGGAAGCCCAACUGCGCAAGGAAGCUCAACUUCAUCAGGGGGCCCACUUGUGUCAGGGGACCCACUUCCACCAGGAGGCCCAGCAUAAGUGCCAAGAGACCCAGGUGGAAUCAGGGAACCUGCGUGAGCAGCUGGAUCAGCUCCAGGGGACCUUACGUCUAGAACGUCAACAGAGAGAGCGCCAGGCCCUUAGUUUCGACCAGGAACGAGACAGCUGGAUUGACGAGAAGGAGCAUGUGCUGAAAUACCAGGCACAGCUUCAGGUCAGCUAUGUGGAGACUCUACAGAAGAACCAGGCUCUGGAGCAACAGGUGGGACAGCUGGGGUCCAAACCCACCCCCACCCCCCCAUCCUCCAGCUCCCCUCCCCCACCACCGGCCCUGUCAACCUUCCCUCCCAUGCCCUCAGUCCCUCUCCCUGCUCCCCUUGCCCAAACCCUCUCCCCACCGCCUUGUGAGGACGUGAAAGUUUCCCCUUCCCUCCUCCAACUGCCCACCCCCUGGGCCGGACCCUCAUGUCUAGAGAGGAUAGAGUCCACUGAGAUUUAGAGAGGCUCCAUUUUAUUUAAUAUCAACUUGAUUACAAACUACACAAUUGGAUAGGCUACAAGACAGAUUAAACUACAACGCAGAACUGCACAAUGUAUAGUGAAAACAACCAAUGCAAACUGAACAGCAGAGAACCAUACAAUAGAGUUUAGACUAUGAACACAAACUAUAAAGAGCAUAGAACUACAAAAAAAAACAUAAACUGAACUGCUACACUGUAGAAUGCAAUAUAAACGAUCAUUGACAUGGUUUAGGUUAAAUGUUGAAAUUCUUUGCCUUUAAUGUAAAGUAUCCAGGCAGUCUUGGUGGGAAGCAGUGACACUUAAAGGGAAGCAAGGAUGGCACCAAAAGUUUCAAGACAAUAACAUUGUAGCUUGAUAACGUUAUUCCUCUGGAAGGUUUAGUGCCAACCUGGAGGGUAGUUUGCCAAAUUGCAUGUCUAUGGUAAUGAGACAUGUGGUCAGGAGAUAAGAAAAUCAUAUUUUAAGAAGAUUUUAGAUGAUAAUCAAGAGUGAUGUUUUGGAGAAUGUGCUUGUCUUUGGCAUUUCUGGGGUGAUGAUACUCUCAGGUGUGUGAGGGGAUGUUUUUGGAGACAGUGGUUAAAAUUGGGGAUGAAGACUCACAAGUAGUUUUUAAUAUGAGGAAAUUAGGAAAAUAGUGGUAAAGUUGAUUGGUAGUUGGUUGGUUCCGUUUCAGAAAAUAUCCUCAAAUGGCUUGAGAUUAAAUGUAAUUGACUCUGAAUGGUUCUUAGUGUGGCGUAAUUGGAGAGCCUGGCUCUCUGACACUGCAAACCGUCUGCGGUACCUAAAGAUGAACACAAGGGGUCAGCAUUAAGUUGUGUCAGGGCUAGAGCCCAACUGAUUAUAUAGGUUCACUGAUAUCAUCUGCCAAUAGUGGCCUUUUAACACUAUAUUGGUAUUGUCCGAUAACUCCAACGAUAACCGAUAUUCAAGAAAUAGUGUGAAAGAAAAGGGAAUCUAAUGCAUAUCUGUACACUUGCAGCCAUUCUCAUGGUGUGUCAUUAUUGUCACAAUGUAUGAAAUCAACAUUUGAAUCAUAGUUAUUAGACAAUUUUGGAUGGCUAUUUAGGAGAAUUCAGUGUGGAAAAAUUACACUUUUUCAUAUUGUAUCGGUAUGUUUUGCGGCCCCCAAGCUCUUGACAGGGCUCCCCACCAGCAGAGAAAAUGAGGAGGAGGAGGAGGUCAGACAGAAUGUGGACAUGUUUAUUCCAGUAUAUCAAGAUAGUAAGACACUACCUGUGAAUAUUUUUUUAAAGAUAAUUGUGACUAUUAUCAUCAUUAUUAUUCUUGUGAAUCGGCAGAGUGUUACAAGCUUUUCUUUAAUGUUUUUUUUUACUAUAUAUAUGAAUGCUAUAUGACUCUACUACAUGGUACAACCACAUCAACCAUCUCCAAAGCCAUUGUUUGUUGACUUUUAAUGUUGUUGAUAUCAGUGUAAUUAAUAUAUUGUUUUAGAGAGCGAAUUGUUAUUUACAUUUUUUAUAUUUAUGUUACUGUAAUGGCUUGACAAGUCUUUCCUGGAUA